UACAUAAACAGCACACAUUCACUCGAAUAUUUCAGGAACUUAACGCAUAUCAUCGUGUUGUAAUGGUGUAUGUUUACAUUGAAAUGUAACUUUGAAAACUAUGAAAUUGUCAUCUCAAACUUACGUCUGUCGCGAACGGGAAGUGAGAGUGCAGCCGAUCAAAACAAACAAGACUGGACUUGUGUGAAACUAGUGACAGAGGGCCACCGGGAUGACUAGUGUGCUGUGUGGCCGAGCCCGGCUGGUGAUGACCCAGUCGUCAGGGCGUCAGGCCCUAGCUGCACUCAGGUUGGGCUGGAUACGAACCUUCUCAGCUGCUGGUUCUGAUGAGCCUUAUUUUGUCGUGUCACGGGGGGACUCAGACUCAGGCCCUAGGACAGUAUGGCCUGAUGAGAACAUGGGACCAUUCGGCCCCCAGGACCAGCGGUUCCAGUUGCCAGGUAACUCAGGCUUUGACUUUCACCUGGAAGGCAUGGCAGACCAGAGGAUUAAAGGCCCAGUCCACAGGACGGUACCUGAUGUUCUGACUGCUGCUACUAGCAACGAGAGACAUGAGUUUGUAAUGGCCCAGUUUGUCAGCGAGUUUCAGGGCAAAAUUGGUCACAUGUUAUCGAGGAGCGUCCGCAAGGCAGAGCACUACUUUGAUCAGCCCAAUGUGGACUGUUCUAUACAGACCUGUCCUGAGCUGCUGAAGAGAGAGUUUGAAUCCUAUUUCCCCUCGGCCCCAGCCAGCGCCAUCACUGUUGUCACGGUGAAACACACGAGAUGUGAGGUGAUCGACAAAGAAGUGAUCGACAGAGAACAGCUUCUUCACAAAAUGUUUUCUGUUAUUUCCCAGUUUGUUAGUGGUGCUAAGGAAAUCUGCUUUGCUCUGUGGACAGCUGGCUUCUGGGCUGACUUCAUCGACCCCUCAUCAGGAUCAGCUUUCUUUGGAUCUCACUCCAACCACCCACUACUCAAAGAGGAGGAGUGGAGCCGUCUAGGUUUCCAUAUCGAGGCCUCUGGAUCCUGCACAGUUAUCCGUCACGUCCUGAGGGGAACACCUACGUUUGUUGGAACUGUUUUCACCACUGCACCUGCUAACAGUGACGUCAUGGAAAGACUUCAAGGCCAGUCAAGUGCAUUUGAAGACGGGGACUAGUUUUUAUAUUUUGUUAUCACCAUGUGAGAAUGAUGUAUCUCACUAUCCAAAAGACUGUUUGUGCCCUGACCUCUGUUUGUUCACUCUGGAUUGUUUUGGAGGAAAAGCGUUGCCCAUUAUGCCGUUGUCUUCACCACACCAGCAUGGAGAGGAAGUUCUAAUGGGUUGUUGUCUUCAGACACAUGCCUAACUAUGUUAACCUGGUCCCAGAUCUGUUUGUGUUGUUCUGUUAGUGCUGCCAAAGUUGGUAAGAGGACACAAACAGAUCUGGGACCAGGCUAUAUAACUAUGUACUUGGAAGUAGACAGGUAGGUUGCGUACAGUAGUGCUGCGAUCUGACGUUGACUCUGAUGAUAUCAUAAAGACUUGACUGAGGAAGAUCCCUUUGACAGCUGUGUUUAAACACCCAAUAAACCACCUAGCUACCUUUGA